ACUUAUGGCACGCGGGUUGCCUAUCAAUUCUAUCACGGCAUCACUUGUACCAAAUGAAAAAAGUUGAAAGAGAAAAUCAUUUCUAGUUCUACACAACCAUAAUGUCAUUUACAUUAAUCUGAUUAUAUCUUCGUAUAGCGGUUUAAGCAUGAUAUUCAUUUAAAUACAAAUUUGAUCGCGUGAGAAAUCGAACUCGAGACGUAAGUUUGAAUUGACUGCUGGCACUUACAGCUAGCCAAAGGGGGAUGACUUACUGCACAUUAUCCAGUCUCUAUCUGCAUAAAAACCCCAACUGCAUUCUGUCAACAGCACAGAUGAGUGAUUCUUCUUAACCCACACUAUCAGCUUUUAUCUUGUUCUACUUGACUACUCCAAUUUAAUUGGGUUUUUAAUGGAAUCCUUGUCAGAGAAUGAAUGGCUGGAAUGCACAAGCCAGUCUCCUCCAUCUCCACUCAUUUGUAUGUACUCCCAACCCCUUUCUAUACUAUAUAUUUACUCCCCCUUCUCAGUGAUGAUCUCAGUUCUGAGUUCUCCCUGCAGCUUCAGAUUUUUCUUGGAGUCAUCUCUGCAACUUUGCUUGUUAAUUAUUAUGGUUUUGAGAGAAUCAUACAUUUUCUGAUCUGGGUUUCCUGCAUUUUUUUUUCUUGUUGAAUAAAAAAAAGGCACUGAAUUCUUAAAACCCCAGCUGCAGCCCAUCCAUAGCUUAUUGCUGCUUUGUUUACAUUGAAACAAAUAAUACAUUGUUAUUGCUUUCAUUGUUCAUCGAGUCUGAUAUUUGAUUCCUAUCGCACUAGUCCAUUUUUCUGGAUUCUGCUGUUCUUGGCUGGUUAGCUUGUUUGUCUGGAGGCAAUUCUGAUGUUUCUUUUUUCUAGUGGAAGUUGAGACACAGAGUGUAGGCUGGGAGUGAUUGGGGAGAGGGAAAGAAAGAAAGAAACACUGUAGUGAUUAUAGAGCGGUGCUUCAUGGACUGGAAAUUGAGAACACCUUCUUGGGAUUUCACAGAGUUCCAGCAAGAAGCAAUUCCCAACAUGGAAGCAGUUAAUGGGUUGAGUGGCUUCGCCAGUCAGAGGACUAAAGGAGAGUUCUUGGUUGAUUUGAAGCUUGGCCAGAUUGGGAAUUCUCGUGAAGAGCCACCAGAUAAGUGGAGAGAAUUCACAGUUCCUAAAUCAGUCACUCCCUCAUCGCCAUCGACGCCAUCCAAAAGGUCCCGUGGGGCUAACAAUGGAGCUCUCUCGGCGAUAUGCCUCGUGGACGGGUGCAACUCGGACCUCAGUAACUGCCGGGAGUACCACCGGCGGCAUAAGGUCUGCGAGCUCCACUCUAAGACCCCCGAGGUCACAAUCGGUGGCAACAAGCGGCGGUUUUGCCAGCAGUGCAGCAGGUUUCAUUCACUUGAGGAGUUUGAUGAUGAAAAGAGGAGCUGCAGGAAACGACUUGAUGGGCACAAUAGACGGCGAAGGAAGCCUCAGCCGGAAGCCCCAUCGCACUCCAGAAGCCCUUUUUCCAAUUACAAAGGUACUCAAUUUUCCCCUUUCUCUAGUCCACCAAUGUAUCCCACCAAUGCUGUGGUAAGCUCCACUUGGCCUGGACUUGUCAAGGCCAAGGAAGAAGCUAAGAGUACUUAUGAAGAGCAUCAACAGCUAAAAUUUCUUGACAAACAAAACCCAUUUCUUGGAUCCUCCUCUAGCAGCUACAGAGAAAGGAAACAACUCGCUUUUCCGCAAGACGACGAUCCCUUUCUUGGCAACCAAACACCUUCUGCAGCUCCUGUCCACGCAAACCAUUUCAAGACCGAAAGCGGUGUGCAUGGCCUACUGAAUCAAGUUUCUGAUUCACGGUGUGCUCUCUCUCUUCUGUCAUCGCCACAAACACACACGCUGGGGAUCAGCUUGAGCCACAUUGUGCCCCCUCACUCAAUUCCUCUAGCACAGCCUUCAUUCACAAGCUUACAAUACAAUAGUAGUCUAGAGCCUUUGGAUUCAGUUCUUGUGUCCAAUGCCGACGGCAAUUGCCAGGGAAUAUUUCAUAUCGAACCCAAUGAGUCCUCCGAUCACAAGGCCUUACAGACACUUCCUUUCUACUGGGAGUAGCGGUUCCAAAUUCUCUCUCUGCUGCAAAGUGAGUUUGAAUUUUCUUUAAAAUAUCUUGAUAGAAUUUUCUUUGCAGAAUUCUUGUUUUCUUGGAGUUCUUUCACAUGUGCUUACGAAAGUGACACUUUAAUCUUCUUAAUCAUGGUGUUGUACUGUUCUCUAGGAAUAAAAACUAAGUCAAGUUAAUUUCCUUGUAGCAUUCUCAAGGAAACAUCAAA